GUACUGAUGGAGAGCGACGCAAAGAAGGCGAUGAUGGUGUUGGGCGCUGGGCUAGUCCGCCCGGCACCCAGCCCGCCGCCGCCUCGCAACCUGGAGACGGGGGAAGGCGAGGCGGCGCCCGGGUCUGGGCCGCAGGACGAGUCCUCCGAUAGCCCCGACCAAGGACCGCCUCACCCCGGCACACCACAGGCUACCAACCGCCGCGGAGAUGGAGGGGCCAAGACACCUCGCGUAGGUUUCAAAGACCGUGUCCGGGAAGUGUGGAGGAAGUUGAAGUCAGACGCGUGUCGGGUCCUGCUGGGCAGCGUGCUCCUGCUGGUAGCGGCGGCUGUCAUCACUGUGGGCGUGUCACUGGCUCUUGAGGAAACAAGUGCUUUAAAGCACAACAAAGACAUAAGGAUGUGGGAAUGGUCUAAGAAAAUCGUCACUCCUUGGGAGACAGCGUUCUACAAGAACAACUCGACCAUUGCCCACCUGACACUGCCUCCAUCAGGAACCAGGUUGGAAUGGGCAGAACCAACCCUGAGUGCUCGUGCCAACAACGAAGCCGUAACGACACUCAUCACACCAGUAUGGACUCAUGGCAACAAUGUGACCACAGCGACUGUCGUCACACCUCUGUUAAUCACAGACAUCAAUGAGUGCACCAGCAAACCUUGCCAACAUGGAACCUGUGUGAACCAAGAUGGCGGAUACAAGUGUACCUGCUCACCUGGAUGGACUGGACAGAACUGUCAGCAAGACAUAAAUGAGUGCACCAGAAACCCUUGCCAACAUGGACGCUGUGUGAACAAAGCUGGUGGAUACAAAUGUACCUGCUCAGCUGGAUGGACUGGACAGAACUGUCAGCAAGCCAAGCAAUGCAAGAGUGGGUGGAGCGAAUUCGAAAACCACUGCUACAGGUUGUAUCCGGACAAAGUCACCUGGUCGAAGGCAAACUGGCAAUGUAAGCAACACAACGCAAACCUUGCAUCUAUCAAAAACCGCGCAGAGAAUGACUUCAUCACCGAUCUCAUCAAAAAUGGUUUUGUACGGAAGCUUGUUUGGUUUGGAAUGACACAAGGUGGGAGGUGGCAGUGGACAGAUGGGUCGAGAGUUAUCUACACAAACUGGGCUCCCGGGAAGCCAGACCAAACUUGGCUUACUUACUUUGGCAUGGAAGAGAAAUGUGGCUGCCUGUACUCGAAGACUGAGAAAAGCUGGUUGCUGCCAUCAGGAGGGGAGAAAGGGCAGUGGAACAACAUGAAGUGCAUGGCCAACUAUUCCUACAUUUGUAAAGCUCCAAAAUAGCCCAUCCCCAGGGAUGAAAAAUUGUGCAACUUUAUCUAAAACCAUCAAAAUCAAUAUGUAGGACAUGGAGGUCCAUUGUAAUAAAAUGUUUUGACUGUAAAAAACAUGUAGUUCCAAGUAUUUGUGCUCAUAGAGGUAAUACAAACUUUUUAAGGAAAUCUAAGCCAGUUGCACAACCUGUAAAGUUGAAUUGAAAGAGGCUCUGUAAAACAGGAGUAAAUUAAAAUGAAAGUAGACAAUAUAGAAUGUAUCAUAGUCAUGUAGUUGACACAGAUUCCUGAAUUCUCAUUCUGAGUUGAUCAAACUGAUUUCAUAUCACAGAAUCUUAAAAGUGCUGAUAUUACUUGAGAAUACUAUCCAAGUACACAUUAGGUACAUCA